CCCCGCGACAGGCUCAUACCACGAAGCGGCUGCGCCUGCAAGGUGAGCGAAACAUGCCUUGAGGGCGUCGGUGCGCAAUGGCCGACGAGCCGGCUGAAUCGGCCGCUCGCCGCGUGGUUGACGUCUUCGCACACGAUUCGACGGACGUACGCGGCGAUGUCCCCAUCGAGGAAAAUUCCCUGCUUGAUGCACACUCCACGCAUCGACAAGAGUACUGUUCUAGUUUGGCGGGUCGCUCAAGUGGCACAGCGACACUGUUGUCAGAUGACGCAGUGUCUGAACUGAGCGUCGACAAACUUCUCGUUUGUUCAGCGGACACAGAUAGGUACGUUCAGCGACCAUCCUUGACGGCAGAUGACCAGUGCGGAGAGCAAGACGCGAGCAUGCGUGCCCAUUCUCGAAACGGGCCACGUGUUACAGAUGCACGUCGCUCAGGAGACAGCAUUCUUCCCAACGAAGAGAUGCCAAAAGAAAAAGGAGAUGAAGAGAAAAGGCCGACCAAGAAGAUUGGCGGCGCAACAAAAUUGGAAGAGGACGCCGACUCGAGCCUCCUCGGAGGCUGUGGUGAGAAGAUCGGCCUCAACGUCAUCACAGCCUUUCCGAUGUACGAAGCUAGGCCUCGUGCAGACGCUCCGGACGAGGACGAAGUUGUGAGGAGAUUCGCAAUUUUCGCGGAAGAACGCGGCAGUCGCGAAGGGCUCCGCCGCCGAGGCGAGCCGCGCCAGGAGCUGCCGUGCGAGAGAAAGAAGCCGCCACGAAGCCGGUCACGGUACAAGCCGUGUCCGCGAGACGAAGAGGACGACAGACAACGCACGCUUAGCAAACGAAGGGGCGGAAAUCUCUGCGAAGGUCGGCAACGGGACAGCCCCGACAUUAAGUUCGUUAACGACGUAAUGGACAAUCUUAUAGAAGAAUUCGAAGCUCAACCUAUCCUCAAGAAACCUGUGCCACGCCGUUCGGCGUCACCGCGUCGUGGCGACCGGUCACCACCGAGGAGGAGGACGUCACCUGCCAGAACACGUUCCUCGCCAGUGCGUGGCCUCAGGAGGUCUUCGCCCCGUGGUCCACGAGUAGCAUCGCGGUUGAGGAGCUACGCUUCAACGGUGGUUCGCAGCCGAUCGUCUUCGGGCCAGCCCGAUGACAAGGAACUGGAGCGCGUGUGGACAGUUUGCUCCUUGCUGGAAUCGAUCACGGGAGAUGUGACGACGGAAGCGCGACGAGUGUACGAGCCACGCGGUGAUAUCUCCCCGACAAAGAACAGAGCGGUCAGUGGCAAAGUAGGUACUGACCAAGUCAGCGAAGACGCACCCAAAGAAUACAUUCCGAAGAAAAGCAAGCAUGCCCCAAGAAAAAGCAGAGAGAAAAUUAAGGAGAAAGAAAGCGUUAAAACAAGAAAAGCGCGACGGAAGUCAACGGAAAAGAACACCAAUAGCAAGAAGUAUACAACACGAGCAAGGCAGAGAGGCACAUCGAGACAGGAAGGGGAACCAGAAAGCUACGAAGAGCCUGAAACCGCUGAGAAAAAGCACAAGUAUCGAGGACGAUCUCGACAAAGGUUGAGGCGCGAAGAUGAGCUGGAAAGCGUGGAAUGGCCUGAAGGAGCAGAAGAAAAAGAAAGCGGAAAAUCUGGACCACGAUUGAGACAGAGGUUGAGGCGCCAAGAGGAGCUGGAAAAGCUGGAAAGCGAUGAAUGGCCUGAAGGAGCAGAAGAAAAAGAAAGCGGAAAAUCUGGAGCACGAUUGAGACAGAGGUUGAGGCGCGUAGAGGAGCUGGAAUGCAACGAAGUCGAACCUAGGCCGAGCCGAAGCAAUCGUGGUGAGCAUGCCAAAGCAGAAAGAGGUGAAGUGGUUACAGAGGCUGAAACGAGCGCCACGGAAAUUUCCAUUGAAGACCUGGUGGAAACAGACGAAACAGCGGAUGCGACGACAGAAAAUCGAGCUAGGGCGUCCAACAAAAGGAAGGUUCGAUUUUUCACAAACCUCGUGUUUCGAAAGCGACCGUCGUCAGCUGUAGAACAAACCCUGUCGGAACAACCUGUGUUUUCCAAAAGGGGGCCAGGAGAAAUUAUGUGGAGGCAGUACGAUAAGGCCGUAGUUCGAACAUCUUCUGAUGGAAUAAUUGAUGCAGAGAUCGAAUCGAGCCAGGAAGAAGAACAGUGGUCCACCAAACAGAGUGCAGCGAGGCGAAGCUCUUCAGGCCACAUUUUGGUCACAGUAGAUCCUCGUCGCAAGCCCAGGCGCACUCAAGGUGACUCAGAAGACGGCUGUUUCUCCAAGGUAUCAAAAGUUGAAGGCCUCGCAAUCGAGGUUGACUCUAAUGUAUCCGAAAACAAUGAGUCACUGCAAGAGCCGAAAAAGAAAUACUACUGCAAGCUUCAGAAGCAUGGCACCAAUGAUGAUGGACGGGACAUAGCCACAGAAAAUGCUAUGUUCCAUCUGGAGCGAAGCUCAUCGAACAACUUGGUCGUGCGCAACGAGUCGUCUUCGUCAAACUACGGUGGCGGUAUCGAGCUCAAGACUGGUUUAAAAGCACGUUCGUCGUUCGAAGAGACCUAUGAACCACUAGCGGAAGACGAUGAUCAGCCACUGUUCCGAGCGCGCAUAGGCCGUCGUUCGGCCAUGCCGCCGGACGAACCAGGCGAGGAUGAACAGGACGUGCACGUACUCAAAGCGCGAAUCGGUCGCCGUAGCAACCCCUCAGUUACCGGUUCUGUGACUAGAGCAGCCAGUGUCAUAUGCACCCACAGCGAAGGCAGGAACGUGCACCACAACCUUUCCGACGGCGUUGAUAUUGCUCCAGCUGCCCCUAGGCGGCCUAGCCGGUCAAUGUCUAUCGACCCUGGCCGGGGAGACACCGCUCUUCCGGAAUCUGUCAGCAGGGUGUUGCACAGGCCCCGCAGGCACCGCCAUUCCCCCUGGUCCAGGUCCAGGUCCAGGUCGCGCCACCGGAGCCACAGAUACCGCAGACCGCUGUGCGAUCUUAGGCGCUCGUCACAGAUGUCGCACGCGGUGCAGCUCAUCCGUGCUUCCUCUGUACCGCCUUACCAGUACAUGUGUGCUCAGCAACCUGCCACUCAGGUCUACACGUCAUUCUCGCCGCCUCCUAUGCCGCCUCCUGUGCGGCCGCCUCUUUAUUCACCUUCCAUUGUGCCACCCGUUUGCAUGGAGCCGAACCGCCACUUCGAAAACCGCAGGUGCCACAGACCUCCCCCGCCAUGGGUUUCUCGGCGGCAGCCGCCGCUGUAUACUCAGGAGAUGAUUAUUUCGCAGCAAAACCUGUCGCAGGUACCCCCGGCCCCAUCAACCGCGAGCAGGGCGACGACCACCGCAUCGUUCGCCACAGCGAUCGAUGCCGAAGUCUCUCAACAGAAGCAGCAGCAGCAGCAGCCAACCAUGCUUAUUUCUCAAGGAAGCACAAACGAAGGCCCUUCGGCGCAGUUCCACGUGGCCACAUCAGCGGCUGUUCCGGAGACGACUGUCGUAGUAGAACCGCUAGACCAGACACUCGUUAGCGUUACCACAACACCGGCGACAUCGGCGAGGCGCUCAGAUUCGACGGCAUGCCGACGACUGUCAACAUCUACGGAAAUCAGGCCCAGCACCACAGUGCAGAGCGUCGACGCCGUUCACUUCGCCGAGAGCUCGCAGGGAAACGACGGCAGCUCAAGCUCGGACACGCAUGUCACAACCGUGUGGCAAGCUCGCUUCCUGGACGAUUGGGAGCAGGAAAAACAGCCACCCGAAGCCAAAUCAACUGACCUGAUAAUUUCCAGGGAGAACCGCUUGUACGGUACCCUGGUGAAGAAUUUGCCCCGGCGUGGUCACAGCAUGCUUUACAUUAUCCUACUGGUGGGCACGCUUGCAGGAAUGGCAGCCACCUUCAGCAUUUAUGCCAGGCGUCAUGCACGCCAUGUGAGCACGGAGUACGACGCCGAUACUGAAGGCAGUGGCCAGGAGCCGUUGAUGUUCGGCCCAUGGGUGAAUGGUGACACCGCCAAGAGGGCGUCCUGCUUCGACCCGUCAUGCAUCAACCAGUUUGUACAGCUGUCUCGGUCGCUUGACUCAACCGUGAGUCCGUGUCAGAACUUCUAUGGUCACGUGUGCUCUGCACGGCGGACAAACGGCACAGUUGACGAGCAAAUAGCACAACAGACCGAAUCCCGUGUGGUAGGCUUUUUUAAGGGCAUCGGCAGCCCCGACAGGGACUUGCCUGUGGCGUCUGCCUCGAGACGCCUCUGGAAGGACUGCGUCGACUUGGCUACGCUGAGCAAGUUAGGCAGGGCGCCUUUGCAGGCACUGCUCAACCUGACGGGCUUGGGUGGCUGGCCGUACGCCGGCGUAGUGCAGCCUGGGCAAGUGUGGAGGACGGCCGGCAGGCUGCAGCGGCUCAUGGGGCUGGCACCGCUCAUCGGUGUUGUUGCGCUGCCCGAUGGCGCCGUGCAACUGGUCCCGGGCGACCAGGGGAGCCUGGAAGCCGACGACGUGCUCGACUCUAUGCUGGCACUCCGGCGCAACAACUCGCGUCUGCGCGAUUUGGCGGCGGACGUGGCCGACCUGGGGCGAUGGCUGAGCGGCUUGCACGAGCGUCGCGCGCCCACCGACGGCGCCGACGUGCAACCGCCGCAGCUCUACCUGGACGCGGCGCUAGAAGGCUUGCAGAGGCCGAGCCAAGUGCACGUAGGCGAGGCAGGAUUGCUGAAGCAGCACAUGCUUCUCGUGAACAAGAGCAGUUCCCGUACGGUGCUUAACCUGCUCGGCUACAGACUUAUCCGACACGUUGACCUCUUCACGCCGGCUGUUGUGAAGGCUGACCUCAACUCGGGAGCCUCAUCCAGAAGGGAGUCCCUGUGCGCGCGCAUGACCCUCGAACACGCACUGACGGGCGACGCAGCCGAGUACGUGCGCUACGCGGCGCUGCGAAGCCACCUUGACUUCGACUUGGUGCGAUCGACGGCGGCGCAGCUGAAGCGUGUGCUGGUCGCGAAGCUGUCGGCGCUGCGCUGGAUGGACGGCGCCACGCGCAAGAGCGCCCAGACGCGCCUGCGGGAGCUCAAGGUGCGCUUCUUCUUCGACCGAUACGAGGGCAGCAACGGGAGCGCGCCGGCCCGCUGGCCGACCGCACUGCCGUCGCAGGCGUUGGCCACCUACCAGAGGUUCCGCGAGGCGCGCUUCCGGAGCCAGUUGUCCCGAGGCGACGACGUGCAGGGCGCCGAGCAGCAGUGCGCCUACGACGUCGGAUACAAGGUGCUGUUCGUCGGGCUGUCUGUCGUGGAGGUGCGCGAGCCCGAGAACCCCGCGUGGCCCGCGUUUCAGGCGGCGCGGUUGGGCCCGCGCCUGGCGCGCUGCCUGCUGCACGUGCUGCUGCAGCGCGUGCACUGGUCGGCCGCGUCUCGUGGCCGGCUGGACGCACUGCGCAGCCGGGGCUGCGGAGGUGCGACGGUUGCCGACGGCGGAGCCCUGGUGCCGGCCAAGGACGUCUUCGACACGUACGUGCGCCGGCUCGGACAAGGCGCCAGCAACACGCCCAGCUGGGACAAGGCGUUCUACCUCGUUUACGCCAGCUCUCUGUGCGAGGACCCGGACCGCCAGAGGAGGCCCCAGCAGCACGACGGUCCGCAUUGGGAGCGCGUCAACCGACCGUUGUCCACCGACCCGAAAUUCCACAAAGUGUUCCAGUGUCACCCCCAAGAAAGCAACAGCGCGUGCUCCUUUUGGGGGGCAUGAUGAUCCCUACUCGGUUCACUCGCCCCAACUAUUUCCAAUUAAAUAGUCACCGUACAUUUGUCAGUCA